AUCUUAAUGGGCGAAAGGGCAAGGAGUGUUGGGCCCACAAAUUUAGGGUGGCCCGUAGACGACGGUCGGCGAAGGGGGCGUGUGGGUUUAGGUGGCCGGAAGCACAUUCGGAAGGGCAAGCCAAGGCAGGGGGGAUGAGCCUGUUGACGGCGGCGGCGCUGCAGGGGGUGGCGCUGGCCAGGAUCUUCGGACACGUCCUGAAUCCUUUGGGGAAGCGGUCCCCUCACAAGAUCCUCCGGAAGAAGCUCAUCGGAGACAAGGUCGCCCAGUGGUACCCUUACGACAUCAAGAAUGACGAUCCCCUCGUCCUCGCUCGCGAGGAGAAACUGUUCAUCAUCAAUGGGUGACCGUGAUUUUGUUGAUAAAGACAAGCUGAUACUAAGGGGCUUGCAGUUUCAUGGAUUUCAUGGUGUGAAACUGGAGGAAAAGAAGCUUGGUCAAAAGUUUAUGAUCGAUGUGGCUGCUUGGAUGGACUUGAGCAAUGCUGGUAAAUCUGAUGAUAUUUCUGACACAGUCAGCUAUACUGCUAUUUACCGGAUAGUGAAGGAAGUGGUGGAGGGUCCGUCUCAGAAUCUGCUGGAGUCGGUAGCUCACUUGAUUGCAAAUACCACGUUACUUCAAUUCCCUCAGAUAUCUGCUGUGAGGGUGAAGGUGGGGAAGCCUCAUGUGGCCGUUCGUGGCACCAUCGACUACUUGGGCGUUGAAAUCCUCAGAUACAAAAAAGCGUCCUCUGUGGAUUAAGAGGCUCUGCCAAACCAUGGAUGUGUUGAUGAUGAUGCGAUCGGUCCUUAUCGAAAGGUAUGUAUGUAUCUAUCUAUCUAUCUAUUAUAUCAUCGAACAUGUGUUUUGACUUGCUGGCCACGCACGUAGUGGGCAGGGUGUCUUUAAAAGUCGUGUUGCUGAACCGUCGUGAAUCCCAGCCGAUCGAUCGAUCGAUUGAUCCUUCUUGUUGAUCGAUCGGCUAAUAAAUAAGAAACAAAGGACCACUUCACCCGGU